GCCGCGCGCCGCACGCUGUGCAAAAGUUUUUUUUUACCCCAUGUCAAAUAAGUGGGAAUAACCCCACUAGUUGGUGAACGAGAGCGGGCGAGGACGGUAGGUACACUACUAUACGCGGCACAUGUCGUCGAGACGAGGAACGGGGGGCCGACUUGUAUCCUCGGUGGGGGUGAGGAGAGGCCCGAGACGCGAUCUUGAGCUCGCUCGAGCCGGAUUGAUUCGCACACGAUAGGUAGCAGUACGUACCGCAAGCAAUCAAGACUAGAACGAUGUCCUCCCCGUCGUCCUUAGACCGGUCCAUGAGCGCGGCGCUUCUCCGCCGCCAGCAAAUCUCCAGCUUCCGGUCACUCACGCUCGCGCCCCAGGGGAGCAUCGACUUCUCCAGCAACGACUUCCUGUCGCUCUCCGCGUCCGCCUCGUUCCGCGCCUCAUUCCAGCGCGAGCUGUCACGCAUCGCGCACGCCCCGCUCGGCAGCGGCGGCUCCCGCCUGCUCGACGGGAACUCCGUCUACGCUGAGGACCUCGAGGUCGAUAUCGCGGGAUUCCUCCAAGGAAAGGCCGGAUUGCUGUUCAAUUCCGGCUUCGACGCAAAUUCGGGGUUCUUCGCUUGUGUUCCCCAGCCCGGGGACGUCGUCGUCUACGAUGAGCUGAUCCAUGCCAGCGUGCAUGAGGGCAUGCGUUUAUCGAGGGCCGGGAGGACGCUGCCGUUCGCUCAUAACGAUGUGGGGGCGUUGGAAGCUGUGCUGAGGGAGCUGGUGGACGGGGACCAGCUGGUAAGGGACGGGAAGAGGAAUGUGUUUGUGGCUGUCGAGACGCUGUAUUCCAUGGACGGUGACCUGGCGCCGCUGCAGGGGAUUGUGGACACGAUCGAGAGGGUGUUCGGUGGAGGGAACGGGUACUUGAUUGUCGACGAGGCGCAUUCCACGGGGGUGUACGGGGACAUGGGGAGGGGGCUCGUGUGCGAACUGGGUUUGGAGGAGAAAGUGUUUGCACGGCUACACACGUUUGGGAAAGCAUUGGCCUGCAACGGAGCGAUCAUCCUCUGCUCGCCGCUCGUACGGCAAUAUCUGAUCAACUACGCUCGGACAUUGAUCUUCACCACAUCUUUAUCGCUGCCCGCACUUGCCGCCGUGCGGGCAGCUUUCACUCUUCUCUGGAACGGUGACACACGCGAUGCCCAGGAUCGUCUUCACAGCUCGAUCAAACACCUCCACAACCAAUUAUCGCGCCUCACGAGCACCGCAAACUGCGUUCUACAAAACUCCGACCAGAACAACACCCCGAUCGUCUCGGUAUUGACACCGAAGCCGAGGCUGUUGGCAAAGUAUCUACAGGAUAGAUUGUAUCUAGUCAGACCGAUCGUGUACCCUACUGUACCGAGAGGAAAGGAGAGAGUGCGCAUCUGCGUGCAUUCGGCGAAUACCCACGAGGAGGUUGAUGGAUUAGUGGCACGGAUAGGGGAAUGGGUGGAGCAAGAAGAGAAGGCGGCGGCGGUAACGGAUAUGAAGGCAAAUCUAUGAGAC